GCGGGCACCGAGUCAACUGGCGGAACAGCGGGCAUCGAGUCAACUGGCAAGACUGCGGGCACCGAGUCGUCUGGCAAGACUGCGGGCACCGAGUCGUCUGGCAAGACUGCGGGCACCGAGUCAACUGGCGGAACAGCGGGCAUCGAGUCAACUGGCGGAACAGCGGGCACCGAGUCGUCUGGCAGAACAGCGGGCACCGAGUCGUCUGGCAAGACAGUGGGCUCCGAGUCAACAGGCACGACAGUGGGCACCGGGUCAUCAGGUAUCGGAUUGUCUGGCUCGACAGCGGGCAUCGGGUCACCAGGCAUCAGGUCAUUUGGCUUGCCAGCGGGCACCGCGUUAUCUGGCAAGGCAGUGGGCACCGGGUCACCAGGUAUGACAGCGGGCUCUGAGUCAAUUGGCACGACAGCGGGCACUGGAUCAGGUACCGGAUCAACAGCGGGCAUCGAGUCAACUGGC